CGGAGAUAAUGUCACGAGAGUGCUCGUCUUUCCGGUCUCUUGCGUUGCUUUCAAGAUGCACGCCACGUAAACCUUAUUGUAUGUGAAUUUUGAGGACUGUGAGGACCCAUCUGGGCGAAACUUAAUUCUGGCACAUUAUUGUUGAGCAUGGGAGCCGAGGAUUGUUCGACUGUGGUCUAUUGGUUGUAGUUUAGGAAGGAGCCAAUGGUGAUGUGUCUCUCGGGGCUGGGUUGCUUCGAUCAUGCUUGAAGCGAAGGCGCCGUUGCUGCUGCAGCAGCAGCAGCAACAACAGUAUCAUCAAGUCGCUAAUGCUGCGUCUUCUUUUUUGGAUGCUGCGAAUUCGACGUCGUCUGGCGACGAUGCGGCGCGGGCUGCAGCCGUGGCGUCGCUGCACCGCCUCAUCCGCCAGCCAGAAACAGCACUGUUCCUCCGCCGAUCUGCUCUGGUUCUCGCGCGACGGCUUGAGCAGCUUGCCUUGGAUAAGGCUUUCAUAGUCAGGCAGGCCGCAGCUAUCACGUAUGGAGUAUUGGGUGCAAUGUCAGCUGGAUUGGUUUUGACUGAUAUCGAGAAUUCGGGAGGUCCUGCUGAUCCCUUUAUCGGGUGGGCUUUGCCUCGCCUUAAGGACAGCGCAUUUGGUACUGAGGCUACUGGACUAGCGCUAGCUGGACUGCGGGAGUUUCUUGCUACAGGUGAUGUGAUGGCUACUGAAAAGCAUGUGCCGCCCAUUCUUAAAGCCUGCGAAGAGCUUCUAGAGAAUCAAACGCCGCUUUUACAACUGUUGCUAGGAGUUCUGACAGUGUGUGGGGUUCGGUUUAGUCAACUUCUUGAGCCCUACUUUUCAGACAUAGUUGAUCUGCUUCUCGGAUUGGCUCUUGAUCCCGAGCAUCUCGAGGUGGACCGUCGACUAAUUGUUGACAACUUCCUCAAGUUCCAACUUAUGUGGGCCAGAAGACCGGAAUUUCCUUUAGGUUUGCUAAGAACUUUUCUUGGUGACAUGGAGAAGUUAGCUCAUGACCACUCCACUCCCACUCUGCAGCAGCUCCACCGGCUGCUUGCCCUCGCAUCAUGCUUUGUGGCAAUUAUGCAAGCCACAGCUUCGGGAAUAGGCGAGGCAGACUCUAAUGAUUUCUUGAUGGAUGCGUCGAAGGAGAUGCUGCCACGCGUGAUAGCUUGCUUUGCCAUCUUAUGUGACAAAUUUUGGCAGUUCAGAUGGUUGAACGAGGCGUGCAGGUGUCUGAUACUAUUUGCGGAGGUUUUAAAGGAGAGCUUUGCUGUGUUUUACCCUCGUGCUCUUGAUAUCUUGUUUUCAGUUUCAGUAUCAGAAAACAAAUUGAGGAGUCGGCAGCAGCAUGCUUCCCUGGGUUUGACUUUGUCUCAAGCUCCUCGUGCAUUAAGCGCAUCACAGGUACAAAUCAUUCUGCAAGUUAAUAUGAGGUUGAUUCUUUGUCAAGGGCAGCAAUUAUCUCCCCAAGCUGUUUCUAAGCUUCUAGAGUGGCCCUCGCCUCUUUCAUGCCUACGACUGCACCCAAGUCGCAUCGUCAGAGGAAAAGUCGCUGCCACUUACAUGCUCCUUUUACAGCAUGACUCGAAAGAAGUUGCCGCAGAGGCUAGUACAUGUUUGAUUAGAGAAUUAGAAUUCUUAAGAGAAUGGAAGCUUGCUUCCGUCAAAAGUGGGACACGGUCUGAGGAAAUUUUGAAGAGGGAAGGUGAAGUGCAAGAUUUGUCUGAAUGUCAGAUAAAUACACUGUUCAGGUUUGACCUGAUGCUGCUUCCAUAUAAGUCCGUGGUGAAAGAGGCCACCACUUUUGGAGUUUCACAAGCUGAACAAGCGUAUGAUUUAAUGGAGCUCAUAUUGGUUAAAUUAAAUCCUUUUCAGGAUCCGUUGCAGUGGAAUCCACAUGUGCAGUUGGUCUUAUGGCAAGCCCUACAUUGGCCUUGCACUUAUAGCUCUUCUUCAGAACCUCGUCUACAUUCGGAAGGAAAUGACCGAAAGGAUGAGAGUUUCAUCAAAUCUAAAGAUGAUGGAGAUAUCACUGAGGCAAGCUACAUGUGGAAAGAUCCGAGUAUCUCUGCCUUAAACGGUGUCGCUGGCUUUAGUCUUAUCACUGAACUUGCAAUGGAUUCGCAUGCCAGUCUCCUCAUAAAGCUGGAGGCACUCAAUUGGUUCAGAUUAUAUGCUGUCUCGAAUUCUUUAAACAAAUCAGUUUCUCGGAAUCAGCAAAUUACCAACGAUGGCAAUGAAGAGCACACAUUGCAGUUUAUAUCGAGGUUACCAGACAUGUUACUCACAAUGGCUUUUGAUAAGGAGCCUCGAGUAAGAGCAGGUGUGGCUGUGGUCUUGGAGGUCAUUUUGCAAAGCAACCUUGUGAAACCCCUUCAUUUCCAGCCAGUUACAUUGGUCGCCCUUCAGCAACUUAAAAACUCCGAAAUCUCUCUGCAUGCGUUAUAUCAAAGGGUGCUCCAAGCUUAUGCACCUGCUGCUUUGUGGAUUCAUGGAUGGGCAAUACAACUUAAAAGUCGGCAGCCCUUUCUUUUAAGCAUCCCGCACAGUGGCAGAUUGCAUAUGUUCAAUGGUAAGCGAACUACGUCAGAUCUUCAUUUGGGGCAGCAUCUCCGAAGUCAUCAACUGUCAAUGAUCCUGAAUUACUUAUCCCAACGCCCACAAGUUCUUCCUGUACACUGGCUACAAAGAAUGAUAUAUAACUUCCCUUGCAAGAUAAAGCCUUCGGCUAUUAGCAUAGAAGGGGAUGAGCUGGAAUCUCCUAUUGAAGGGGAGGAUGGUAGUGGAGAUUCCGAGCUAUUAGAAAAGUUGACGUCCAAUACCUUAUCAGCAUUAUGGUGGACUGUACAGGAAGCCUCCCGCCAUUGUGUCACAGUCCGCCUCCGGACGCAUUUGGGUGGUCCCACUCAGACAUUCGCAGCCUUAGAGAGAAUGCUAUUAGAUGUUCCACACCUCUGUCGCAUAGAUUUUGGACGAAAGGAGACAGCAAUGGGAGGUCUGGCUAGCUCUAUUACUGUGCAAUUGCUACCGUUGCGUCUUUUACUAGAGUUUGUGGAAACCCUGAAGAAAGAUAUAUACAAUUCUUAUGAAGGUUCUGCCGUGUUACCACCUCCACCAACACUGAGCGCUCUAUUUUUCCGAGCUAACAGGAAGGUUUGUGAGGACUGGUUUGCGCGCAUUAGGGAGGCGUUCAUAAAUGCUAGCGUUGUCACUCAAUGUCAUGCAGGCACAAUUGUCCAUGCAUCACUUCAUCUGCAGGAUCUGAGAACACUUAUCCCUUCAUCUUUGAGAGAAUCCCGGGGUCAACUUUUGCCAGAAAAUAGCCACAACAUGAGAGGAAACAUCCAGGGCGAUUUGGCAAAAGUCAUACAACAUAUUUCUCUUGCGCUCUGUCGAUCACAUGAAGCUGAUGCUCUGCAAGGGCUCAAGGUGUGGGUUAAAUCAGCUUUUGCACCAGUAUUGGUCGAGGACUAUCUCUCCGUUCCCAAGACAAAUACUUCAAUGGGGCCUUUUGCAUGGUUAGAUGGUUUAACUUACCAAGCUAAGGGGCAGUAUGAGAAGGCACUCGCACAAUACAAUCAUGUUAUUCAACUCGACGAUGCUUUGGCCAUGAUGGGCGCUGAUGGUAUACAGUUCAUAAUUGCACGAACGGUUGAAAGCUAUGUGGCCCUUGCAGACUGGGAAUCACUUGAUCAAUGGGUACAGGAACUGCAACUUUUACGAGCAAAUCAUGCUGGAAAAACGUACUGCGGUGCUCUUACGACAUCUGGAAAUGAUAUGAAUGCUGUUUACGCCCUUGCUCGUUUUGAUGCAGGGGAUACGCAUGGAGCCUUGGGCUACCUAGACCUCACUCCUCAAAGUAGGAGUGAGUUGACUGCAGAUCCUUGGCAAUCACUUCAUAGAAGUCAGCAAAUGAUACUGCAAGUGAUGCUGCAGCAGAGCACAAAAAGUGAUAGAGUUGCCUCAGAGAUUGCACUAGCAAGAGCAAUGGUUGAAGAUUGUUCCCAGGUGGCCAUGCUGGAUGGCUUAGCUCAAGCAACUCCUUAUCUGAUGCAAUUAGAAUGCAUUCGGGUGUAUGAAGCUUUCAGGGACAAAAAUCUUUCGGAGGAGCGUCUAAGUGAACUUACUUCUCAUUUUCCCCCACGUGUUGGCUGGCCACUGGAUCAUAUGCAUCAAGAUUCUCAGCCAUGGCUUAAUUUGUUACGUGUUUAUCGUGAGGUCUGUCCAAGGUCGUUGAGAACUCUUCAGCUGCAACAACAAAUUGUGAGAUUGGCUCGUAAACAAUCAAAUCUGAAGCUUGCGCGCCGACUACUGGACGAGGUUCUUGAUUUGCAAGUCACCUCAGUCAAUCUUGGAUUGAACACCUCACCAAACCCACCCUCUCUUUCAGGACGAUGGGAAUAUGAAGAUAUACUUUUACUUCAUGCUGAAGAGAAGCAGGAUGAUGCUUUAUUGAGACUCUGGCAAUUUGUUGAAGACAAGAUUAGUUCAUGUCUCGAGUAUCCUAUCCGUGAAGAGCGGACGGAAUCUACCAAUGCUAAGGCAUGCCUGAAGCUUGCAACAUGGCUACGUGCCAGCUCUGCACAGUCCAACAUGCUACAAGUGCUUGCAAGUCUAGGGUUCAAUGCAAGUGACAGUGAAGUUGACCAUUCUUUGUUCUCUAACGGAAAAUUGAAGUCAGUUAUUCAGCGGAUUGCAGGGGCGGCAAUUAAAGGCGCGACUAUAUGUUUACCUAAAAUGGCAAAAGCAUGGUUCUCUUAUGGAUAUUGGUGUUUUACUUAUGCAGAAGGAUCUCACAACCCGGAGACUUUAGCUUCGAAGAGCUCAUGUAGUUUUUUGAGUUUGAUUGAUGGAGAAACAAGUGAGAAUAGUAAUGAACUUACACGCGAGGAAAUAACAAAUAUAUUCGCCAUUGUCUCUAGAGUUGCCGCAGGCCCUAGCGGUGACAACCUAAACCAUUUCAUUUUGGAGGGUGGAAAAGAUGUGGAUAACUGCGUCCAACGGAUUGUAACUGCGUUCAUAGCAGCGGGCAUGUCUGCUGGAUCUGAAGAUAUUGAGGGAGAACCGCCAUCCUAUCUUCUGUCUUUGCAAUUACAACAACUAUUACAGACGAACUCAUCGUCGUGGUCUGUAACUCCUGUGAUUCCUGAGUUGAUGCGAAUAUGGUGGGCUUUUAGGUGCAGAAAAGUGAAUUUGUAUUCGUAUUCAGCAAAAGGCUUUUUGCAGUGUUUGUUAUUAUCAAAUCAGAAACUAUCGCGAGGUGCCCUGCCAGCGGAUGUCAAACCCAUCAGAGAAGAUUGCAUGCUUAGUGCUUCUCUUUAUCUAUUGCGGAUCAUUGUUAAUUAUGGUGUUGAGCUUGAAGACUUUCUGCAACAACAAGGCUUGUUGUCUGUGCCACCGUCUUCUUGGCAGGCCAUUUCGGCUCAGAUUCUGGCUCGGUUAAGCAGCCACCCAGAGUCCAGAGUUCGAAAGCAACUUAAGAGCUUAUUAAUGGCUUCUGCAAAUUUAUCACCGUGGGCAAUAGUGUAUCCAUUGCUGGUGGAUAUGAAUGGAAGCGACGAAGGCUUAUCAGAAGAGCUGAAAGACCUCCGAGAUGGCCUGAUCAAGUUACAUCCGAAAUUGGCCAGAGAUGUGAAGUCUAUGAUUGCGGAAUUGGGUGCUAUCACAGUAUUUUGGGAUGAGCAGUGGUUGAGCACACUACAAGAUCUUCGAACAGAUGUAAUGCGACGAAUCACCACUUUGAAGCAUGAAACUGCUCGAGUGGCAGAAAAUGCAACACUUAGUCACAACGAAAAAGUCCGUAUAAAUGCAACCAAAUAUUUAGCAAUGAUGGCCCCUGUAAUUGUUGCUCUUGAGCGUCGCCUUGCUUCUACAUCCAGGCCACCAGAUAAUCCUCGACAAUCUUGGUUUCAAGAACAAUUUGGGAGCUCUUUGAAAAGAGCUAUAGAAGUAUUCAAGGCUCCUCCAGUGGGAUCAGCUUCUCUUUCAGGUGUCUGGCGGCCUUUUGACAUGAUAACUGCUGAACUAGUUAGCCAUCAGAAGAAGUCAACUAUUCUGCUGAGUGAAGUUUCUCCUGGCCUAACAUCGCUACAGUCCUCAGAGGCACCAAUGCCUGGACUUGGAUUUCAUUCCUCAAUUGUAGAUAGAGAUUCUUUUACGUCUCCCAAGGAGGAGGGGUCUCUAAUCACCAAUUAUCAUCAACCCGAUAUUAUAACUGUUGCUUCUUUCAGCAGCCAUGUCACUGUCCUUUCCACGAAAACCAAGCCAAAGAAGCUUCAGAUAGUGGGGUCUGAUGGUAAUGUUUAUCCCUAUCUUCUCAAGGGCCGAGAGGACCUUCGUCUAGAUGCUCGCAUAAUGCAGCUAUUACAGGCAGUGAAUUCCAUGCUUCUAAGCCGCUGCGAAACUCGACGUCGAGUACUCGUUGUCAGGCAUUAUUCUGUCACUCCAAUCAAUGGACGGGCGGGUCUGAUACAAUGGAUUGAAGAUCUGACCAGUAUGUACAGUGUGUACAAGGCUUGGCAGGAACGAUCGGUUGCUGCAUCCGGGACAAACCUCAACCAUGGAGUGUCAUCAGUUCCGCGCCCUAGUGAUCUAUUCUACGGCAAAAUCAUACCUGCUUUGAAGGAGAAGGGCUUGCGCAAAGUCAUUUCUCGUCGUGACUGGCCACAGGAUGUGAAGCGCAAUGUGCUACUGGAGCUGGUCAAGGAGACCCCUAGACAACUGUUGCACAAUGAACUCUGGUGUGCGAGUGAAGGGCUCAGUUCUUUCAGGGCUAAGCUUGACCGUUUUUCUGGUAGUGUCGCAGUGAUAAGUAUCGUAGGCUACAUCUUGGGCCUCGGUGAUCGUCAUUUGGACAAUAUUUUGGUAGAUUUCCGUUCAGGUGAUGUAGUUCACAUUGAUUACAACGUUUGCUUUGACAAGGGUCUUCGGCUCAAAAUUCCUGAGAUUGUGCCCUUCCGUCUCACUCAUACUAUACAAGCAGCUCUGGGUCUGACAGGAGUUGAAGGGGUAUUUCGCAAAAAUUGUGAAGCUGUUUUACGGGUGCUGCAGAGCAAUAAAGAUGUGCUUCUAAUGCUAUUGCAAGUCUUUAUUUGGGAUCCACUGGUGGAGUGGAUGCGGGGAGAUGGUCAUGAUGAAGCUGUUAUCGGAGGUGAAGAGCGCAAAGGCAUGGAGCUUGCAGUCAGUUUGAGCCUCUUUGCAUCUCGGUUGCAGGAAAUUCGAGUACCUCUCCAGGAGCAUCAUGAUCAACUUCUGUCGACAUUACCUGCUGCUGCUAUGGCGUUAGAGAGCCUCGUUAGAGCGGAUGACAGACUUGAGCAAGCUGUAGCAUUGUAUUCUCAAGCAGAACAGAAGCGACGUGUAGCUCUGCAUGCCGAAGGUGCAGCCAUGUCGUUGUUUAUGGAGGCCACGUCAGAUCAUGAUAAAGCGCAAGAGGUCUUUACUGCUCAGGCUCAAGAGCUUGACAAGACCAAAGCUUUAAUAAUUGAAGAAGCUAGGAAACUGAUUCUCUGGGUCAAACAGCAUGCAUCUGUACUAGAAGCGCUUUGCCUCGGUUCUGUACCAGAGUUUGAGAAUGUUGCUCAGGUUGUAAGCUCUCCCGAGACCUUGUCCCUUAAAUCAGCUGUGCUGUCUGUUGGGGCGCCUCUGGCAAUCAUUCCCGAAGCUACCCAAGUACAUUGUCAGGAGAUUGACCGGGAGGUCGCCCUACUGACAGCUGCACGUCAGGAGGCACUCCUGAUUGCUGUGAAGAGUAUGAAGGCAUACUCUUUAGCCCUCCAGAAGUUGGUUCCAGCUAAUUAUAUUGCCAGCAGUCAUGUUCAUUCUUGGGCUGAGGUCUUACAGGUGUUAUCCCAAGAUCUCUCACCUGAUGUACUGGUUGUAGCAAAAAGGCGGGCUGGGGACUUGAUUGCGCAAUGUCAUGGCCUGCAAGAUGAGUCUAUCCAACAGAAGUACAACGAGGUGCGGUCGCGUUAUGAACGAUUAUACAGAGACCUGCAGAAACUGAGGGGAGAUCUUGACAAUCAUGAAGCUGUCGCCAAUCCAGAGACUCUGCGGAAGUCCAAGGAUCAGUUUCUGUCCACAGCAUUAACCCAGCUUCAAAACUUGGCAAUAGAUUACGGAAAUGAAGCAGAAGAGAAUCAGAGCAAGCUUAUUUUGCUGUUAUAUAAGACUUCAUCAACUCGUUACAAUGAGAACUGGGAAGCUUUGAAGAAGUUGCAAUUUCAUUUUAGAAAGCAGAGUGGUGCUUCAGAUAGCCCAGAUGAAGUCCAACCAGAUAAAUGGUCUCUUGUUGAGUUGAAUACCUUGAUAGAUAAGUGGAUGUUCUUAGCGGAUAUUGUUGUAGAAGUGGGUAAGUUAGGUUCAAGUUUUUUUGGAGGCGUAAAGUCUGGAUUUCGUUUACGGAUGAAUCCACUGACUUCAAGAACGUCUCAGUGGGGCCCGCGAUUGAGUGCAUGUGUAUCUGUACUUGGAGAAUUUUUCCAGCAGAUGACGGUUUCUGUUUUCCCUGAAAUUUUGUCAGCAGUCAUCUCUCAGGAUGCUGGGAUGAUGGAGGCCUUCACAGCUUUCACACAUGUUCGUGAAAAUGUUGAUAGAUUGAUCCAGCAGCACAUGGAUUCAAGCGCAAAUCGACCAAAGAAUUUCGAAUCUCAAAACGACGCUGGAGCUCAGGGGAUGGACAACUAUUCCUGGGAGGAUAUUGAUUACAGUCAGGCGGACCUUCCUGGGCGAAAGGAUUUGUCGUUCGAAGAGAUAGUACAGCGAUACAAUAUGCUGAUGGACCUGAAUACCGAUUCUGAUCUUCACAUUAGACGAGGAAAGGUCUUGAUUGCAGCAUUCGCUCAGUUGUUCUCACGACUGGAAAGUCUCGAUCAGGGUUUGACAUCAUUAUUGCGGGAGGUUACUGAUGAGGAUCAUUACAACCUGAUGAAUGAGUUUGAUCUGGAAACAUCAGAAGACACCGGCAACGUGUGGAGAGUUCCCCACUUGUCCCAGGAGAAGGCCUUUUUUGCUUGGAAAGUAAGGGUAAUUGAAGGACUUCUUGAUUCUUGCAUCAAUGCAAUCCAGGAUCCGUCUGAGCAUGUGCUGCAGCUUGAGAUGAGGCUCAAAGGUCGUCUUCUUUGGUUUUUGGGACAGUACCUAGUGUACCGAUUAAUGGCUGUGUUGCUGUUAUGUGUAAAAGAGACACAUCCGCUGACAGCAAAUUCAGGUAACAAUGAGAUUUUAGAAGACAAUUGGCGACUUGGGGAAGCAGCUGAGCAGGCAUUGAGGUCGCUUCGUGAUCACUGUAAUGCUCAUGAUCUUGUAAAAGCUGCAAAUGCAGCUGCAGUUACUUUGAGAUCUCAGGCGGAGGAACGAUUGCAAGCCCUCGAUAAGGUGCAUUUGGAAGCAGCUCAAUUGGAAUGGUUAAACGAAAUGAUCUUGUCUGACUCGCUACUUCAAAAUCAACCGCUAGGUGCACCAAGGUCCAUGAGAGGUGAUAAACAAGGUGUUGAUGUGGCAUGGUGGGAUCGCAAGCAAAUACGGAAGAACCUUUAUGCAGCAACAGCUACAAUUAGACAGGCUACAGAAGGGCUGCAGGGACGAGAGAUGGCGGGUUCGGCAGCAGAGGAAGAUCUUAAGCGGGCUCUCGUAUCUGCGUGGACCUCCGCAAGCGCCAGUUUCUCUAGUACAGGACGCAGGACUGGAAUUCCAUCUGAAUUUUAUGACCAUCUUCACAGAAGACGUCAACUGCUAAGAUCAAAUCAUGAACAAGCUGUCAACAUUCUACGAAUCUCUGAAUCAAUCCUCAAGUUUGAAGCUUCUCGAGAUGGCUUUCUAUCCAUCUCCCCAGGUGAUGGACUGCAAUCAAACAAGGAGAGAGGCAGGAUGUGGCAGCAGACGUACUUUGAAGUUGUUACUCGACUCGGGUCCGCGUAUAUUUCUUUCUCUAGAUCAAAAGCAGAGUGGCAAUCAGCUUUAGUGCACUUAGAAUCUGCGAGAGCAGAUUUGUCUAAGGUUGCUAAUGAACUCCAAGCAGUAUCCUCAGAAAUUGAGUCUGCUUCAGGUGAAGUCAAAGUCUCAAUUCGCAACCUUCAAGCCUGGAUAAAGGAGGCAGCCACGCGGUGGUCAGCAGUAAGCAACAUCAUUAAAAGUCACACUGCCCUUACCUCUGACGCUGGGCAGAUGCUGGAUGAGAUAUUAGCAAUUACAGAGGGAACUGAGGGUGCAGAGGAUGUUCAUGGCCUGGCUCAAGAGGGGGCUGCUGAGCAUGCUUGUCUCAUGACUAAGCUCAAUGAGGUUAAUGAGUUGAUCCUCCCACUCGAACCGUUGCUGACAUCUGGAGCGCUUCUUGCAAGUAGUCUGGCCCGAUUGUCAUCUUCGGGAGUGUCAUUAACGGAGAGCAUGGUGGAUAGAAGCUUAGGGUAUGGUCACAACGCGGCAGUUCAAAAUCAUUCUAGCCUGAAAGAAACAUCUGCAGUAUUGAGUGAAACAAUUUCAAGCCUUCUUAGCGCCGUGAAGAACUUGCACUCCUGCUUAAGCAAGCUCAUUCGAACUGCAAGUUCAGAUGCUGGAUUUCUGCACAAGGCUCUCGCUGGAGUGGGCGGGGAGAACCAGGAAGAUAGAUCCUCACAAGUUGUUAUUGUUGAGCCAGAUACUAAUGAAGAAUUUGCUCAAACUGAUUUGGUUGGCAAGUCCACUAUGGAGUCCAUUUUGGCUACUGGGGAUGAGAUGCCAGUUUUUCAGGUAUCUGAUGAUUGUUGGAUAUCUCCGCCUGAUAGUGGGCAUUCUGUUACUUAUGCGGACAGUCUCAUGACAGGCUCAUCUCCUGAAAUUUACAGAGGGUCGAAGGCGUUGGAAAAUGGGGAUUCCAACGCAGAAGUUCACCAUGCGCUUCUUGAUAUUGGCCAUAGCAAGGAGACUUCAGGAGAUACAUCAAAUUUAGGUGUUAAUUCAGAUGUCGAUGGCACAAGCUUAGACCUUAGCAGUCUACCAGCAUCAAGUACCACAUCAACUCCCGUAAGGUCUCAACAGAUUGGUUUAAACUCUUCCAGUGACAAGGAGCCCUCAGUAUUUGCAGCUGAUAUCAAAUUGGAACAUCAUGUUGGGGCUGACGCAAGUUCAGGGGACCUACACAGACUUGCCCAUCCAAGAGAAUUUAAAGUGCCUGGAACAGACACAGCUACUCGUACUCAGCUUUUCAAAGGGAAAAAUGCAUACGCAAUCUCGGUUCUGAAGCGUGUUCAGAUGAAGUUGGAGGGACAGGAAGCUGACGGCAGCAGAAAACAUGGGGUGGCAGAGCAAGUGGAUAUUUUGCUGCGUCAAGCUUCAGGGAUUGAUAACCUUUCAAACAUGUAUGAGGGAUGGACUCCUUGGGUUUAAGACAUGGUGGAUACUUCCUGAUAUAGCAUUGCCCAGCUGUCCCUUCACAUACCAACAAGAGUUCACAUUGUGAUUAAGCACGGUGCAUGUCCUGCGGACGUUUGAAUGAAGAAGCUUGAGUGCAGGGAAUUCAGGAUAAUACACUCUCUGUCAUUUCUCGUUCUCUUUGGAAGCCCGAGUUGCAGAUCUCAACUGGGAAGUGAGACCUAAAUGAAGCUGCAAGCUUCACUGAGACGCUGUUAAUCAUCACACAAUGCUUCCUUGGUGCUAAUAGGAAUCACUGGGACGGGACUGGAGGGACCACUUCGCGUAGGUGCCAGACGGAGAACUCGUCAUUGUGGUUCACUGGGAUGUGUCUUAAACCUGGAAAUCGAAGUGGACAGUCACAGCUUGAAUUUCCAUGGGGCUGUAUCUUGGAGUUUGGGAGAGAUUUAGUUCGAAACAGUUGGUUUAGGGCUCUGGUUGCCUCCGUGUCAAUGUUGGGGAAGAACUUUCAUUUCAAGAGAACGCAUGAACAAACUUGUUGGCCUUUUUCAGGGGCAAAUUUCAGUAAAUGGAAACCAAGUCCGCGGGGUAGAAGCACAUCAGCGCAUAAGGUACUAUCAGUGGAAUACUCCUCUUUAUUUUUAAAACAGAAUAGAGUAUGAAGUGUAGCUUUUAGUUAUGUAACUGAGCGCGUUCAAGAAUGGCACUUGAGUACCUUCGAGGGGUUUUUGUUACGCAAGUUCAGUGAGGUAAUUGUGUACUUAUUUUUGCUUAUGUUCAGGUCAGUGAUGGACGAGAAGUUGAUUGUAGAUGGAUAUGCUUGAACAACUAAUAUUAAGGCUUUUCAUAUGUUAAGAUGUUCCUGCAUAUGAAGGUUGUGGCUUUGGGCAACUGGUAAACACUUGAUUAGUUUGUGACAUGUGCAUCCCAUCCAGUCUUUAUGAAACGAUGCAUAUGCGGGCAGCUCUGAGGUUUGGUCAUGCUGUAGAUAACUUCUCAGCCAACAUAUUUGUAAAAUACGAGUACAAUAAGUACCUGAAAUUGAAUUUCUGAAAUUUGAAUUAAUGAGUAAAACAGGUGAAUUUGAUGUA